AUGAUCAAUCCAGCUAUACAGAACUACAUAAUUAGUCCAGCUAUACAGAACUACAUGAUCAAUCCAGUUAUACAGAACUACAUAAUUAGUCCAACUAUACAGAACUACAUAAUUAGUCCAGCUAUACAGAACUACAUAAUUAGUCCAGCUAUACAGAACUACAUAAUUAAUCCAGCUAUACAGAACUACAUGAUCAAUCCAACUAUACAGAACUACGUGAUCAAUCCAGCUAUACAGAACUACGUGAUCAAUCCAGCUAUACAGAACUACAUGAUCAAUCCAGCUAUACAGAACUACGUGAUCAAUCCAGCUAUACAGAACUACAUAAUUAGCCCAACUAUACAGAACUACAUAAUUAGUCCAGCUAUACAGAACUACAUAAUUAGUCCAGCUAUACAGAACUACAUAAUUAGUCAAGCUAUACAGAACUACAUAAUUAGUCAAGCUAUACAGAACUACAUAAUUAGUCAAGCUAUACAGAACUACAUAAUUAGUCCAACUAUACAGAACUGCAUAAUUAGUCCAGCUAUACAGAACUACAUAAUUAAUCCAGCUAUACAGAACUACAUAGUUAGUCCAGCUAUACAGAACUACAUAAUUAGUCCAGCUAUACAGAACUACAUAAUUAGUCCAGCUAUACAGAACUACAUAAUUAGUCCAUCUAUACAGAACUACAUAAUUAGUCCAGCUAUACAGAACUACAUAAUUAAUCCAGCUAUACAGAACUACAUGAUCAAUCCAGCUACACAGAACUACAUGAUCAAUCCAGCUAUACAGAACUACAUAAUUAGUCCAGCUAUACAGAACUACAUAAUUAGUCCAGCUAUACAGAACUACAUGAUCAAUCGAGCUAUACAGAACUACAUAAUUAAUCCAGCUAUACAGAACUACAUAAUUAGUCCAGCUAUACAGAACUACAUAAUUAGUCCAGCUAUACAGAACUACAUAAUUAGUCCAGCUCUACAGAACUACAUAAUUAAUCCAGCUAUACAGAACUACAUUAUCAAUCCAGCUAUACAGAACUACAUGAUCAAUCCAGCUAUACAGAACUACAUAAUUAAUGCAGCUAUACAGAACUACAUAAUUAGUCCAGCUAUACAGAACUACAUAAUUAGUCCAGCUAUUCAGAACUACAUAAUUAGUCCAGCUCUACACAACUACAUAAUUAAUCCAGCUAUACAGAACUACAUAAUUAAUCCAGCUAUACAGAACUACAUGAUCAAUCCAGCUAUACAGAACUACAUACUUAAACCAGCUAUACAGAACUACAUAAUUAGUCCAGCUAUACAGAACUACCUAAUUAAUCCAGCUAUACAGAACUACAUGAUUAAUCCAGUUAUACAGAACUACGUCAUCAAUCGAGCUAUACAGAACUACAUGAUCAAUCCAGCUAUACAGAACUACCUAAUUAAUCCAGCUAUACAGAACUACAUACUUAAUCCAGCUAUACAGAACUACGUCAUCAAUCGAGCUAUACAGAACUGCAUAAUUAAACCAGCUAUACAGAACUACAUAAUUAGUCCAGCUAUACACAACUACAUAGUUAGUCCAACUAUACAGAACUACAUAAUUAGUCCAACUAUACAGAACUACAUGAUCAAUCCAGCUAUACAGAACUACAUAAUUAGUCCAGCUAUACACAACUACAUAAUUAGUCCAACUAUACAGAACUACAUGAUCAAUCCAGCUAUACAGAACUACGUGAUCAAUCCAGCUAUACAGAACUACAUAAUUAGUCCAGCUAUACAGAACUACAUAAUCAAUCCAACUAUACAGAACUACAUGAUCAAUCCAGUUAUACAGAACUACGUGAUCAAUCCAGCUAUACAGAAUUACGUGAUUAGUCCAGCUAUACAGAACUACAUGAUCAAUCCAGUUAUACAGAACUACAUAAUUAAUCGAGCUAUACCUGGCGAGUCCCACCGACCUAACAGUUGUAUCGUCUAA